AAUAAUAAAAUCAUUUGUACGCUAAAACCCUGCGGUUCGUGAUUUUGUGUAUUGCAAUUCUCAUUUCAGUGCCGCAUCGCCGACCAAACCCUUGUUGGGGAGAACAUGGCCAGAGCUGCACUGCUUCAAUUCGUCCGAUCUCAAUCCGCUGCUUUCCAUUCAGGUGAUAUUAGUUCCAAAAUCAAUGCCAACUCUUCCAAAUUGCUCGCCUCAACCCCGAGGCGGAUGUUUUCUCACAGUACAGCAGCAGAGGACAGCAAGAUCAGUAUUGGACCUCGGAAGGGGGGAGGAGAGGAUCAAGCUGAAGAAAAAGAUUCUAGCGUUGUUUACUAUGGGCCUAUCUCGAAUACAAUCAAGAAAGUGAAGCUUCUCUCUCUUUCAACCUGCUGCCUCUCGGUCUCAUUAGGACCUGUAAUCACUUUCAUGACAUCUCCGGACAUGAAUGUCAUCCUAAAGGGGGCUGUCGCCUCUUCUGUCAUAUUCCUCAGCGCUUCCACUACCGGCGCCCUUCACUGGUUUGUGAGCCCUUACGUGCACAAGCUCCGAUGGCAGCCUGGUUCAGACAGCUUUGAGGUUGAGAUGAUGACGUGGCUGGCCACAUAUACACCCAAGACCAUCAAGUUUGCGGAUAUCAAACCUCCAGAGACCAAUAGGCCUUUCGUGUCGUUCAAGGCUAACGAUAAUUUCUACUUUGUGGAUGCAGAGCACUGUCACAAUAAAGCAUUGUUGGCCAAAUUGACCCCUCAAAAACAAGCCCACGCAUCGGCUUUCAAGAAUCUGUAAUGUGCAAGCAGAGAACUUGUGCGGCGAGAACUUUAAGCAUAAAUAAGGUACCAUUCAAACUGCUGAUAGGAACAAGUUUUUUUUUUUUUUUGCAAUUAUUUAUCUAAUUUCCUCCUAUUUACAGUAACAGUUAACUGUUUAUCUUCAUCUAUGGGAUUUCUUGUUUUGAGAA